AUAUAAAUUAAUGUUGCAUUAAAAUUCCAAGUAUCAGUUCUCAAAAUGAAGUGCAUCGCAAUUCUGGUUUUGCUAACGCCAUUGGUGACGGGUGCCGUGAUAAAGAAAUGGCAUAAAAGCGAUGAUGGAAGUUUAUAUUAUGUCGAAAAUGAACAAAAGUUCAACUGGUUUGAAGCCUUGCAUGAAUGUGCUCGCAAGAAUAUGUCAUUGAUUGCCAUCGAUCGCUAUGACCGCCAUUUUCAGAUUGAUACACUUAUCCGAAGUUUAUUUCCCACAAGCCCUCCAUUUUGGAUAGCUGGUCACGAUAUGGCCGUUGAUACACGCUAUCAAUGGGCCACAACUGGUGAAAUAUUCACCUUUACAAAUUGGGGUCAAGGCCAACCGGGUCGUUCGAACAAUAAUGAACAUUGCAUUUUAAUUUGGACCACCUGGGAUUGGCAUGAUUUGCCGUGUACCUCCUCUAAACUGGGUUUCAUAUGCGAAGAAAAUCGUCUGCUGAAAGCCAAAUCGAGAGAGCAAGACCAGGAUGAUCUCAGGGCAUUGGCGAAAACAUUCAUAUGGAAGAACUAUAAUGGAAAUUGUAAUUAAAGAGGAAGUGUAUUACCAUACAUGAUAACUGCAAAAUACAGUAAAAUAAAAACAUAUAAAAAAA